AUUCUCUCUCUCCCUCUCUUUAAGCGGUAUCAGAUGCUGUGUGUCGUUGCUCAAAGCCAAACCAAAGCAAAAAAAAACCAGAGGAACCAGAAACAGAGUGGAUGUCGUCGGUGCUCAGAUUUUCCGCAUCCGCUUCUCGGGAGAACCAUGAAGACGGAAACACCGAAGCCUUCGAUAUGCUUCACGUAGAUCCUACGGUUGCGAAUGAAACUUUGCUCAGAGCAGCCGUAUCUCUUAAGGAACAGGUGGUGGAGGCGACGUGGAAAAGCGUCGGAGGCGGUGGUGGCGGUGAGGUGGGAAACAGCGUGGACCCGACUGCCUAUACGGGUCUGCUGGGGACUGCAAUCGCCUGCUUGAGGUCGUACGAGGUUACAGGUAACCGGCAGGACCUGCUACUGUGCGCCGAGGUGGUUGAUACCUGUGCAUCCAUUGCACGCGCCUGCUCUAGGCACGUGACAUUCUUAUGUGGUAAGGGAGGAGUCUAUGCACUUGGUGCUGUGGUGGCCAAUUACAUGGGGGACCAUCAAAGGCGUGACUUGUUCUUGAACCUUUUCCUUGAGGUUGCACAAGAGAGAGCUCUUCCUGUUGGACCUGAAGAGGGUGGUUUUGGAAUGUCAUACGAUCUCCUUUAUGGGAGGGCUGGGUUUCUAUGGGCGGCUUUGUUCAUAAAUAAGCACCUUGGAGAGGAAACAGUGCCCAAAGAGCUUCUCACGCCUAUUGUUGAUGCUGUGUUGGCUGGGGGCAGGGCAGGGGCCUCUGAUAACCCAGCCUGCCCUCUGAUGUACCGGUGGCAUGGAACAAGGUAUUGGGGUGCAGCCAAUGGUCUUGCUGGGAUCUUACAUGUGCUGCUUCACUUUCCUCUAUCUGAAGAAGAUUCUGAGGAUGUGAAGGGGACUUUAAGGUACAUGAUGAGUAAAAGGUUCCCACAUAGUGGCAAUUACCCCUCAAGUGAAGGGAAUCCUAGAGAAAAGUUAGUACAAUGGUCUCAUGGGGCGACUAGCAUGGCUAUUACUUUGUCCAAGGCAUCACAGGUGUAUCCACACGAGAGAGAAUUCCGUGAUGCUGCCAUAGAAGCAGGGGAGGUCGUUUGGAAAAAUGGGUUAUUAAAGAAAGUGGGAUUGGCAGAUGGGGUGGCUGGUAAUGCCUAUGCCUUCCUUUCACUCUACCGGCUCACAGGAGAGAGCGUAUAUAUAGAGAGGGCAAAGGCAUUUGCAAGCUUCUUGUAUCAUAAUGCGAGUAAGCUUGUGAACGUUGGGCAUUUGCGUGGAGCUGACAAUGCUGCCUACUCCCUUUUCCAAGGGCUUGCAGGAACAGCCUGCUUGUGGUUCGAUCUGCUUGCACCCGAGAACUCUAGGUUCCCAGGAUACGAACUUUGAAUGAGGGAUGAAUGGAAUUUAAAUCUUUUUGCGCUAAUGAAUGUGAUCUACAUAUGAUGCCCCAAUACUACCUUGUACAUGUGAGUUCUCAACUUUUGUGCCGAAUAAUGUACACAUGCAAAU